AUGGUAUCAGUGUGGUGCCCGGAUAAAGUGGCCAAACAAAACCAGUUGGAGUUUUUACAUUUGUCGGUCCCAUCUGAAAGAGAGAUCACGUCCAAAAGCAAAACUGAAAGUCGACAGGAGACCGAAGAGUCUCGGACAAAUCGGAUCGAUCAGGCUUUGUCGAUCAUUAAACGAGGUGGGAUUAUGAGUGAGGCAUGUAAAUAUACUGGUACGUUCAAUGGUGUGUCAAAACUGGACGUCUGA